UGGGGCGGGAUUAGGAAGAAGCGAGGAGAGGAGAGGAGCGUUGUGUGUGUACUGGACAAGAGCAGGGCUCGCGCCUCGCCGUGGUUCUGCUCAACUAUCUCUUUUUCCUCCACUUUGGACGCCAUUCAGCACCGAAAGUGGACCUCGAGAAACGCGCUCCUCUGCAUCGUUGUCCGUCAUGGAAUCCUAUGACAUUUUAGCUAAUCAGCCCGUGGUAAUCGAUAACGGUUCAGGGGUCAUCAAGGCUGGCUUCGCUGGAGACCAGAUCCCCAAAUACUGUUUUCCUAACUAUGUUGGACGUCCCAAACAUGUUCGCGUCAUGGCGGGGGCGCUGGAGGGUGACCUCUUUAUUGGCCCCAAAGCAGAGGAGCACCGCGGGCUGCUGUCGGUGCGUUACCCAAUGGAGCACGGAAUCGUCAAGGACUGGAACGACAUGGAGAGGAUCUGGCAAUAUGUCUACUCCAAGGAGCAGCUGCAGACCUUCUCCGAGGAGCAUCCAGUGCUUUUGACGGAAGCACCGCUCAACCCCAGCAAGAACCGCGAGAAGGCCGCCGAGGUCUUUUUCGAGACCUUCAACGUCCCUGCGCUUUUCAUCUCCAUGCAGGCCGUGCUCAGCUUGUACGCCACAGGUCGCACCACGGGUGUGGUGCUCGACUCAGGCGAUGGCGUGACGCACGUGGUGCCUAUCUACGAGGGCUUCGCCAUCCCGCACUCCAUCAUGCGGGUGGACAUCGCCGGCAGGGACGUGUCUCGCUACCUGCGCCUGCUCCUGCGCAAGGAGGGCUAUAACUUCAACACCUCGGCCGAGUUCGAGGUGGUACGCACCAUCAAGGAGAGGGCCUGCUACCUGUCGCUGAACCCUCAAAAGGAUGAGACACUGGAGACAGAGAGGGCGCAGUACGUCCUCCCUGACGGGAGCGCCUUAAAUAUCGGGCCGGCCCGUUUCCGUGCCCCCGAGCUGCUCUUCCGGCCCGACCUGGUGGGCGACGAGAGCUCGGGCAUCCACGAAGUGCUGGCCUACGCCAUUCAGAAAUCCGACAUGGACCUGAGGCGCACGCUCUUCUCAACCAUAGUGCUGUGCGGCGGGUCCACGCUCAUAAAAGGCUUUGGAGAGAGGUUACUGACUGAAGUCAAGAAGCUUGCACCUAAAGACGUCAAGAUCAAGAUUUCCGCCCCCCAGGAGCGACUCUACUCCACUUGGAUCGGAGGCUCCAUCUUGGCGUCGUUGGACACGUUUAAGAAGAUGUGGGUGUCCAAGCGGGAGUACGAAGAAGACCGAGCACGCGCCAUCCACAGGAAGACCUUCUAGAAUGGCUCUGACCUGAACUGACCCGCCCGCCCUCUCCCUUAAGCCUCGCCCCUCCCCUCCAAAUCCUCGCCUUUGGCCAAUGGCGCUCGCCGUCGAGGACUCCUGCCGCCACAUGAAGGUGUUCAUAACAUCACGUGUCAACAAAAACACUUUUUUUCUCAUUUGUUUUGCUACGGUUCCAUUCCAAAGUUUUCUUUUACGACACUUUAGACCUUAAAUCUUUGGCCGCCGUUGACGAUGAUGGACGUCCUAUCGCGCAGCUCUUAAAAACUCAAUUGAAACUCACGGCAGUUGACGACAGAAGCUUGAAAAUCUUCCCUACCAAUGUGGCCGUAAUGGCAACGUUGCCAUCAAACACACUCCAUUGACAUUAAUAUGAAGUCAUAACUAGUUUUAAAAGUUUUUAUCAAUGUUAAUGCAUCUGGUAUUUACUCAUUGGCCGCUAUUGACGGCGCUUGACGUCCAAUCUAUUUGAAGUGGAAGGACUGGCAGCGAAUGAACCAACGGCUAUGUCGGUAGGAAUAAUGUUUCCAUCAAAGUGAAUGCAGGUCGAUCUCAUACUUGUAUUCACUUGUAGACCAUUGUAGUGGUAACAUUCCUACCACAAAUGGUCACUAUUCAACGCCAUCGACGUCGACAGACGUCCAUCUUCGUCAACGGCAUUUGACGAGUUAACGCCGAGCACUUGGCUAGGAGUACUAGCGGUGGCGUUUUACCUUACUCGUAAGACGCCGUUGUCCUACAACGGAGGUCAAAGAGCACGGCAGUAAACGGUGAAGCUGACAGUCUGCAGACGAUUGGUCCAGUCCCAACCAAUAGAGGGCUUUUUUGAUUUGAACGGAAGAAAUCGCUGGGACGGUGGCAAGCGAAGCCCCAGGACCUUUUCGAAAUCACGGCCGAUGCCCGAAAAAUUCUUUGUUCGCUAACGAUUUUGCUCCGGUCGAUACUGUUGUUAUUAUUAUUAUGAUUAUCAUCUUGGUAUUAUAUGGAAGAAAUAAAUAUGUCUGCUGCUCAAAGGCUUGUGUUGCUGUGAGUCAUGUGACCAGGAACUAGAAAGGCCGCCAUUUACAGCAUUUCAUAUAAACUUAACUGAGCUGGGAUCUGUUGUUCUAGCUAAUCUGCUCAUUGAUGUCCCUUUUAAGAGAAAAUAUUUUAUAUUUAAUAUUUUAAUAAGACGUUAAGAGGAAAAAGAGAUAUUUUAUGAGGAUACACCUGUAAUAAUAGGUUUUGAGGUUUUUCAUUAUUCAGCUGAAUGAAAAAGAGUCCCAAAACUUUUGACCAAGGCUGUACAUUUCAUAUAUACGUCUACAUUUAUUAAGGCUGAGCAAGGAUGAAACAUUUUGAAUUGCAUUGUCAUACAAUCCAAAAGUCGUAUUUGGCAUGUUUAUUAUGAAAACCCAAUAGAAAUAUGUAUAACUUGACUGAUUGCAAAUGUUUAAUCGGUGACCGGCCCAGGUUAGAAAAAAAGCUUCGAAUAAAAUGUUGCUGCUUCCAAGUAUUGUUUAAUUAGAGUGGCAUUAUAAUGGUUUGUUUCGAAAGCGUUUGCAUUUAGUUUUAUUGAUUUGGGUGGAUAAACUGCCAUCUAGUUGCAACAGUGAAUAUGACAUAACUCAUUUAACAUGGCUUAAUCCCGCUGCACCUUGUUAAGACCAACAUAAGCUGGUGUUUUUUUAUGAAGCCCUAACGAUGCCACUCGGUCAGCCUUAUUAAUGUCAUUGGUGAAUCGACUAGAUAAAAACAGCAACAAGUCCAAGUUUAGUACA